AUGGCAACCUUAUCAGAGAAAGAGGCUGAAGCAUAUCUGGACGCAAGGCCAAGAUAUCCGAUCGACUGGUUCAAAAAGAUUGCCGCAAAGACACAAGGCCACAAUCUUGCUUGGGAUGUUGGAACUGGUAACGGUCAAGCUGCUAUUGGGCUUGUGGAGCAUUAUGAUAAUGUGGUGGCUACCGAUAUAAAUGAAGCACAACUUAAACGAGCAGUCAAACACUCAAAAAUCAGCUACCAUCACACUCCCAAAGAUAUGUCUGAAGACGAAAUGGUUUCUCUAGUCGGUGGAGAAAACUCUGUAGACCUUAUAGUUGCUGCCCAAGCUCUCCAUUUUUUCGACCUCGACACUUUUUACAACGUUGCAAAACGUGUUCUACGUAAACAAGGUGGCCUAAUCGCCACUUGGGUCUACAACGAUAUCAUUAUCUCGCCUGAGGUCGAUCCCAUAAUGAAGGGCCUUGUGGACUCUACUCUUCCUUUUAGAACGCCUAUUAUGAAUUUGGCGUUCGAGGGUUAUAAGACAAUACCAUUUCCUUUUGAGAGCAUAGGGAUGGGAUCCGAGGGAAAGCCUGUUACUCUAGACAUUCCUCAUAAACUCUCUCUUAAAGGGUUUAUAGGGUUCUUGAGAUCUUGGCAGCCAGCGAUGAAGGCUAAGGAACAUGGAGUGGAGCUUGUAGAUGAAAAGUUAAUAAGCAAGUUUGAGGAAGCUUGGGGUGAUGAAAACCAAGUUAAAGAUGUUUCCUACAAGGCUCAUAUGAUUGUAGGGAAAAUUCCGGAAAUGAGAUGCGAAUCUGAAGAUAUUAACAAAGAUCUCUUGCUGCAAACGGAGGUUGGGAAAAAACAAGAAAGGCGACAACCAUCCGAUGAUGAAGAAAACAGACAAAGUAAGAAACAAAACACAAGUGAAGAUGAGGAGUGCUAG